UUUUUUUCUAGUUUCUUUUUCCUUUUCCCUUUUCCUCUAGAGAACAAUCAGCUCUCAAUAUGGCCCUUGAUCCCGAGAAAGGCCUUAGCAAAGCCGGCUAUGUGACCGAGGAGAAGGGUGUCCCGGGUGUCACUUCAAACGGCGCAUCCAGCCCCAAUACCACGGAGACUUCCGACAAUACAACCCAGUCGCAGGAUGGAGGACUUCUUUCCAAACUCCGCAGUUUGGAGGCGCGCAUGGACAGGAAACUUGGAGUGGAGUCGGAAGCCAUUGAUCGCAAGCGACCUGAAGAAAAGAGAGAAGUAUCAUGGAUCGAGGAACUCACGAUGGCGUUGCUGUGGGCGAGUGGAACGAUGAACACCUCCUGUUUUGCGACCGGGUUCCUUGGGUGGGAAUUCGGACUGAGUUUGAAGCAGUCAAUCAUUGUCACUAUCUUCUCCUCCAUCAUUGGGGGAGCCGUCACAGGCUAUUGCGCUACAUUUGGUGCUGCAACCGGAUUGCGCCAGAUCAGUGUGAGCCGCUACAGUUUCGGUUGGUGGCCUAAUAAGCUGAUUGCCCUGCUUAACAGCAUCCAGCAAAUGGGCUGGGCCGCCGUCUCGUGUAUUACGGGAGGUCUAGCUUUGACGGCGGUGUCGGAUGGACGCGUUUCCUUAAUUCUGGGCAUUGUCAUCCUUGCCGUGGUGGCGCUGGCCAUCUCACUCGUCGGAUUGAAUGCGAUUUUGGUUUAUGAGCGAUACGCCUGGAUCAUCUUCUUCGUCAUCUUCCUCAUCAUCUUCGGCGAGACCGGUCGGUAUGCCGACAACUCAGCCCCUGCCACCGACACGGGCCUGACGCUGUCCGGCUCCGUGCUGAGUCUGUUGGCGGUCGUGUACGGUUCAAGCGCAUCCUGGUGUACUAUGGCCAGUGAUUACUACGUCCACUAUCCUGCCAAUGUCAGCCGCAUCAAAGUCUUCCUUAUGACCAGUUUCGGUAUUGCAAUCCCGACGUCCAUUGGUAUGCUUGCCGGCUGUGUCGUUGCCUCUGGAUUCAACAACAAACCCGAAUGGCAGGACGUUUAUGAAAAUCAAGGACUGGGCUAUCUCAUCCAAGACGUGCUUCACCCUCGAGGAUUUGCCAAGUUCCUCCUUACUCUCUUGGUGCUCUCUGGCAUCAAUACGAAUGUUAUUAGUAUCUAUAGCUCCGCUAUUUCGUUCCAGCAGCUCGCACGCCCCUUUGCACGCAUCCCUCGUUUCCUGUGGACUAUUUUCUGCUUUGCCUGUAUCCUGGCAUUGGCUGUGGGUGGUCGACAACGGCUGAAUGAGUAUCUCCAGAACUUCCUCAGCCUGCUCGGUUACUGGUGCACCAGCUACGCCAUUAUAUUGUUUGAGGAGCACUUUAUUUUCCGCAAGGGUAAGUUUGAGAAUUACAACCUGGAAGCCUGGAAUGAUCCCAGCCAGCUGCCGUUGGGCAUUGGCGCUGCGAUCGCAUUCUGUCUAGGAGUGGUAGCGUGGUGUAUGGGAAUGGAUGAAACCUGGUUCAUCGGUCCUCUCGCUAAACUGAUUGGCGCCUCCGGUGGUGAUGUUGCGAAUGAGAUCACUUUUGUGGUGACUGCCUUGACUUAUGCCCCGGCGAGAUAUCUGGAAUUGAAGUAUUUUGGCCGGUAAAAAGGACCGGUGGAAGAAGGGUCCUGUGAGAAGCGGCCAAAAUGGUGGCCAGGAAAGCCGUCGAUAAUUUUUAGUGUGUUUACUUAAUAUCAAUGAUGCAUGAUUUAGAUUCA